CUUCAUCAAGACUACGAAGUAAUUUGAAACGGACUUCAUAAUGUUCGUUUGGCUUGUUAUUAAUUUUCUGCUCUUAAUUGUGCGCAAUGCAUCAAGUAACCCUCAAGUCAAUUCAUUUGCUAAUAUACAAGAAAUGAUAUCAGAAGAAGAUAUUAAAUUAUUCAAUUCGAUAGAAGGAGUGUGGUUUGCUGAUGAUAGAGGCCAUGCGGUUGAAGCCACGCUUGACAUAUCUAUAGGACCCAUGAGAAUUUUUGAGGAUAUACAGUCGGAAGUACUAUUUUAUACGUAUGACAAAGAAUUAAAAGUAUAUAAACAGUUUUUUUACGGUGACUUAGAAUCUUUAAAAAAUAGCACAUUUGAUCCAAAAAAAGAAACUAAAAUUAUCACCCACGGAUGGUUUAAUUCAAUGAAUAGUGAAUCUUGUUCAUUAAUCAGAGAUGCUUAUGUAACGAGUGGAGAUUACAACAUAAUUGUUAUUGAUUGGAGUAGUAUUUCAAUGCGUCUUUAUACCUUAGCUGCUUUCCAAGUAGUAUCAGUAGGAAAUUACGUGUCAAAAGUACUAGAGUUUCUGGAAGUUCAAGGUAUGAAUCUCAACACGACUACUCUGAUUGGGCAUUCAUUGGGAGCUCACGUGAUGGGAAUAGCUGGAUAUUAUACUAAGAAUACAGUAAAUUAUAUUGUUGGUUUGGAUCCAGCUUUACCUCUUUUUCACUUUGCAAAAACUGGAAGUAGACUGUCGAAAACUGACGCUAACAUUGUUGAAGUUAUUCAUACAAAUGGGGGUCUGCUUGGUUACUUAUCUGCUAUUGGAACAAUUGAUUUCUAUCCAAAUGGUGGAUAUAAACAACCGGGAUGUUACUUUGAUUUUGGUGGCAUUUGUUCUCAUCUAAGAUCUUAUGAGUUCUUCGCAGAAUCUAUCACGUCAAAAGUGGGAUUUUACGCUGUCAAGUGUAAUAAUUAUUUAAGUUUUAGAUUAGGUUUGUGCAAAGGAGAACAAAUAUUAAUGGGUGGAAACAACUUACCAACAGUCUCUGGAAUAUUUUAUUUAAUAACAAAAAGUUCAAGCCCAUACGCAGCUGGACUUGAAUAACAAUGAUACAUUUUUUUGAGUGGUACAUUUACAUUUCGGAAUUUUUUUCGCUUCAUCGGUAGAAAUAAAUGAAAAUGAAAUCAUCAUCGCUAUUAUUGUUCAUGAAUAUUUCAAAGUGAAUAAUUUUAAUAUGACUCAUUCGGAUACUGUAAAUAUUACUAGCUAUUAAGAGAAGAGUAACCAGUUUUGUGCACCUUGAUUCACAUUUACUCAUUCAACGUGUAUGUCGCAAAAAAAGAUAUACCCACUUUAGAUUCACUAAAGUGUUUUUGAUGCUCAUAAUUGCGUGAGCAAAUUGAUGAGAUCAAAUAGUAAAAAUAUUUUACGAAUAAGAUUAAAAAAUUAAAAAUGCCAA